AUGACAAUGGUCUCCACACCAUCGGAAGUUCCGACAAGCGCCGCAAAAGAAGAAAAACGCCAGGCGCGACUCGCGAAGAUCAACAAAAUCUCGAUCUAUAUUGAGAUGGUUGGCCUCGGGUUUCUUGUCCCGAUCCUGCUCAUGGCGGCAGGCGACAGCGUCAAAGAGCAGCUCCGCAACCUUUGGCGGGCGCUAGUUGUUCCUCUUAUCGGCAUCAGCCUGUUCCUUGUCGCCUGGGGCUGGCUCGCGCCACAGGUACAAACCUCUCUUGGCGCGAUCCCCGGUCCCCCUGAAGUGAUGGAGCAGGUGAGCGUUCUUGUGGACGACCAUUUUGCUGAGCGGGCCAAGGCCGAUGCGUUUUAUGACCGCCAGGACACCCGCAAUGCGGAGCUCUUCGCCAACGGCCAGGAAGACCGAGUCAAAUGGCGCACCUAUACAGGCAAGCCGACAAUUUUCGAUCAGAUAUGGACCAGUCUGAAAACGGUGGCGCUCGGCUUCAUUGUGGCGACAGUGUUUGCUGUGCCGCUGGGCAUUGUUUGUGGUCUCUCGCCGCUCGCCAACGGGGCGCUCAACCCGCUUAUUCAGAUAUUCAAGCCCGUCUCGCCACUCGCCUGGUUGCCGAUCGUGACGAUGAUUGUUUCGGCGACCUAUGCGGGUGGCGAUGGGGCUGUCUCCAAAUCAAUGCUCAUUUCAGCGCUUACCGUGACGCUUUGUUCGCUCUGGCCAACAUUGAUUAACACGACAUUGGGCGUUGCGUCGAUCGACAAGGACCUGAUCAAUGUCGGCAAGGUCCUGCAGCUCUCGCAGUGGACGACAAUUCGGAAGGUCGUAUUGCCUUCCGCGCUGCCGCUGAUCUUCACAGGCCUCCGUCUCUCUCUCGGUGUCGGAUGGAUGGUGUUGAUCGCAGCAGAAAUGCUGGCGCAGAACCCUGGUCUCGGAAAGUUUGUCUGGGAUGAAUUCCAGAACGGCUCGUCAGACUCACUCUCGCGUAUCAUGGUCGCGGUUCUUGUGAUCGGCCUGAUUGGCGACAAGCGGACGGAUGUCCUGACCGACAUAAACCUGUCGGUCAAGGAAGGCGAGUUCGUUGCCAUUGUUGGUUUCUCCGGGAGUGGCAAGACGACACUCAUCUCCUCAAUCGCCGGGCUGAUCAAACCAGACAUCGGUGAGAUCACCCUGCGCGGUGAAGCUUUGCGCGGGCCGGGGCCGGAUCGCGGGGUCGUAUUCCAGUCUUACUCGCUGAUGCCCUGGCUCAGUGUCUAUGGGAACAUUCGUCUGGGAAUCGAUGCGGUCUUUUCCUCUGAAAGCGAAGAAGAGAGAAAGGCGCGCGCGAGCAAAUAUAUUUCGAUGGUCGGUCUCGCCCACGCAAGUGACCGCAAGCCCGCGGAACUCUCCGGAGGCAUGCGCCAGCGCGUCGCUGUCGCUCGGGCUCUCGCGAUGGACCCGGACGUUCUGCUGCUGGAUGAGCCUCUUUCUGCUCUGGAUGCGCUCACGCGGGCAAAUCUGCAGGAUGAAAUCGAGGCGAUCUGGGAAGCAGACCGCAAAACCGUGAUCUUGAUUACGAACGAUGUGGAUGAAGCCAUUUUGCUGGCAGACCGCAUCAUUCCAUUGACGCCUGGUCCCUCCGCGACUUUGGGGCCCUCCUUUGAGGUCAAUCUGCCACGUCCGCGGGACCGAACGGCGGUGAACAGCAAUCCUGUCUUUAAGGCAUUGCGCGCCGAGGUCACGGGCUACUUGCUCGACGCCAGCGAGGCUGAAAGGGAGGCUAGAAAGUCUGCUGAACGGGCAGCGCCGGACCUCAAGCCAACAGCCCGCAUCGAAAAAACGCCUCCUAGGGCUUAUCUGGAUGCUGCCAGAACCAAAAACGAAAAUCGGUUCGUGGAGCUGUUUGAGCUGAAGAAAAUCUAUCCCACACCAAAAGGUCCGUUGACCGUGUUGGAAGACUUCAACUUGAAGAUGGACAAAGGCCAGUUCGUUUCGCUGAUUGGUCACUCUGGCUGCGGCAAGUCCACGGUCUUGUCCAUGGUCGCCGGCUUGAACGAGAUUUCCGGUGGCGGUGUGGUUCUAGAUAAUCACGAGAUUUCUGGCGCUGGCCCUGACCGUGCGGUGGUUUUCCAGGCCCCCUCGCUCAUGCCCUGGCUGACCGCGAGAGAGAAUGUAGCGUUGGGUGUGGACCGGGUUUAUCCGAAAGCGUCUGCGGCUGAACGCCGUGAAGUCGUGGAAUAUUACCUGGAGCGCGUGGGGCUCGGCGACUCCAUGCACAAGCAGGCCGCGGAAUUGUCCAAUGGCAUGAAACAGCGCGUUGGUAUCGCCCGGGCAUUUGCCCUCUCGCCAAAACUGCUUUUGCUCGAUGAACCUUUCGGGAUGCUCGACAGCCUGACCCGCUGGGAACUACAGGAAGUCCUCAUGGAUGUCUGGAAGCGAACGCAGGUCACCGCAAUCUGCGUCACCCAUGAUGUGGAUGAAGCGAUCCUGUUGGGUGACCGCAUUGUCAUGAUGACCAAUGGACCCCACGCGACAAUCGGGAAAAUUGUCGACAUUGAUCUGCCGCGCCCUCGCACCCGCUCAGCAUUGUUGGAACAUCCAGACUAUUACCGGUACCGCGAAGAGGUGCUGACCUUCCUUGAGGAACUGUUCAAGCUUGCACCCAACACCUACGACGUGACCAUUUUCAAUGCAGAACCCCGCGUGAACUAUGACCGGAUCAUGUUGUCGCCGGUUUUGUCCGGUGAGCGGACCUACGAUGACAUCAUCAUUCACGAUGACGCCUGGUAUGCCGACAACCAUGUCACGCUGCAUAAGGGCCGCAAGGUCACUUCGAUCGAUCGGCAGGCUAGGAGCGUAACCGCCGAGGACGGCACUGUCGCACCUUAUGACAAGCUGGUACUGGCAACGGGCUCCGCACCGUUCAUCAUCCCCGUACCGGGGAAAGAUCUAGACGGUGUCUUGGGGUACCGCGAUCUGGACGAUGUAAACCAGAUGCUCGGCACCGCCAACCAAACCAAAAGCGCGGUUGUCAUUGGCGGCGGUUUGUUGGGACUGGAAGCAGCGGCGGGUCUCCAGGUCCAGGGCAUGGAGGUCACCGUGGUGCACCUUAUGCCGACCUUGAUGGAACGUCAGUUGGACGCCGCAGCCGGGCAUCUGCUUCGCCGGUCUCUUGAAGAGCGCGGCAUCCGCAUCAUCACGGAAGCCAACACGAAGGAGAUACUCGGCACGGAUGGGAAAGCCCGCGCCGUCCUAUUGGACGACGGGACGGAACUUGCCGCCGAUCUGGUCGUGAUGGCGGUCGGCAUCCGGCCCAAUGCUUCCCUGGCAGCGGAUUGUAAAAUCGAGACAGAUCGCGGUAUUGUUGUCGAUGACUGCUUGGCAACCAAUGACCCCGAUGUUUUUGCGCUUGGUGAGUGUGCGCAGCAUCGCGGGGUCUGUUAUGGCCUCGUGGCGCCCCUCUACGAAAUGGCAAAAACGCUGGCAAACGGACUUGCGGGGGAAGAAGCGACCUAUACCGGGUCUCUAACCUCCACAAAGCUGAAAGUCACAGGCAUAAACCUCUUUUCCGCAGGCGAUUUCGCCGAAGGGGAAGAGCGGGAAGAAGUGGUGCUUCGGGAUGCGCAGGCUGGCGUCUAUCGGCGUCUCGUCCUUGAAGACAACAAACUGAUCGGCGCGGUUCUUUAUGGGGAUGUCACCGAUGGCGCAUGGUUCUUUGAUCUGAUCAAAAACGGAACCGAUAUCAGCGACAUGAGAGACACGCUGAUCUUCGGCCAGGCCUUCGCGGGGAGUGCCCCCCUGGACCCUAUGGUGGCCGUUGCAGCCUUGCCGGAUGAUGCAGAAAUCUGCGGCUGUAACGGCGUAUGUAAAGGAACAAUCCUCGAGGAAAUCGGCGCUCAACACCUGAGUGAUGUUGAGGGCGUCAGAGCGCACACAAAAGCAUCCGCGUCCUGCGGCUCAUGCACAGGGCUGGUCGAACAACUCCUGACCCUGUCCUUGGGCGAUGCAUUUAAUCCGGCGGCCAUUCAGCCCAUGUGUGGCUGUACCGACCUUGGUCACGGAGACGUGCGCCGCCUGAUUGUUGCCAAAGAGCUCAAGUCACUCGAAGACGUGAUGCAGGAAUUGGAGUGGAAGACGUCUUGUGGAUGUGCCAAAUGUCGCCCGGCGCUCAACUAUUAUCUGCUCGCAACCUGGCCUGGCGAAUAUGUAGACGACGCGCAAUCCAGAUUCGUGAAUGAACGCGUGCACGCUAACAUCCAGAAAGAUGGAACCUAUUCUGUCGUUCCCCGCAUGUGGGGCGGCAUCACAAGCGCUGACGAACUCCGUGCAAUCGCAGAUGUCGCCGACAAAUUCUCGGUUCCGACCGUGAAGGUCACCGGUGGGCAGCGUAUUGACCUGCUCGGCAUCAAAAAGGAAGACCUGCCAGAGGUCUGGUCGGAUCUGAACCAGGCAGGCCUCGUCUCAGGGCAUGCCUACGGCAAAGCGCUGCGCACCGUUAAAACCUGCGUUGGCACCGACUGGUGCCGGUUUGGAACACAGGACUCAACCGGCUUCGGGAUCCGCAUUGAGCGCUUCAUGUGGGGCUCCUGGACCCCGGCCAAAGUGAAGAUGGCGGUCUCGGGCUGUCCCCGGAACUGUUCAGAAGCGACCUGUAAGGAUGUCGGCGUCAUUUGCGUGGAUUCGGGAUAUGAGAUCCACUUUGCCGGGGCAGCUGGGCUUGACAUUAAAGGCACAGAAAUACUCGGCCACGCAUCGACGGAAGACGAUGCGCUAGAGAUGAUCGUCGCGGUAGUUCAGCUCUACAGAGAGCAGGGCUACUACCUGGAACGCAUAUAUAAAUGGGCCCGCCGCGUGGGCGUAGAGACAAUCCAAAAAGCGAUUGUCGAAGACGUCGAACAGCGCGCCGCCCUGUUUGACCGGUUUGUGUUCUCCCAGAAAUUCUCGCAAACCGACCCCUGGGCCGAGCGGGCACAAGGCGGCGAAGCCCAUGCCUUCGCGCCCAUGGCUGACCUGACGCUUGAGGUGUCGGGCGGCGCGGUGGCGGUGUUUCGCACAAGCGACGAUCAAUUCUUCGCAAUUGAUGACAGCUGCCCCCACCUGGGCGGUCCCUUGUCCCAAGGCAUUGUGCACGACCGGCGGGUGACCUGCCCGCUGCACAAUCUUGUCAUCGAUCUAGCAAGUGACCCGGAUCACCCGGCGAACUUCGGGAAACUCUGUUCCAAGGGUUCUGCACUAGGCGACACGUUUUCUCUGGAAGACCGAAUAUUGGUCCCCAGGAUCGAUGGGCAAACGUCGGAUUGGAACGAAGCGCUCGAUAAGGUGGCGCAAGGGUUUUCGGAAGCCGUCCGCGACCAUGGUCCGGACUCGGUUGCCUUCUAUGUGUCCGGUCAGUUGCUGACCGAGGACUAUUACGUCGCCAACAAGCUGAUGAAGGGCUUCAUUGGGUCCGGAAACAUCGACACCAAUUCCAGACUCUGCAUGGCGUCCUCCGUUGCCGGCCAUAAACGCGCCUUCGGCAGCGAUACGGUGCCUGGGUCGUAUGAAGAUCUGGACGAGGCGGAUCUCGUGGUGCUCGUCGGGUCCAAUUUCGCCUGGUGUCAUCCGGUUCUGUUUCAGCGGCUUGCGGCAGCAAAGCGGGAUCGUGGCACCCGGGUGAUCGUGAUUGACCCUCGGCAAACGGCGACCACCGAACUUGCUGACAUGCACUUGCCGCUGCACCCGGGGUCGGACGUUGCCUUGUUCAAUGGUCUUCUUGGCUACCUUGCAGACAAAGAGGCACUCGACCGCUCCUAUAUCUCCGCACAUACCCAAGGCUUUGACGCCGCUCUCGAAAGUGCACAGUCGAUGAGCCUCGCGGUUGUCGCUGAAACAACGCACCUUGAUCCGAUCCGUCUUACCCAAUGUUACCAGGCGUUUUGUGAGACCGAGAAAGUCGUGACGGUCUAUUCCCAGGGCGUCAAUCAGUCGAGCGCGGGAACAGACAAGGUCAAUGCGAUUAUCAAUUGCCACUUGGCCACUGGGCGGAUCGGCCGCGCGGGGAUGGGGCCUUUUUCCAUCACCGGUCAGCCGAACGCUAUGGGCGGGCGCGAAGUUGGCGGACUGGCGAACCAGCUUGCCGCGCACAUGGGUUUUGAAAAUCAGAACCAUAGGGACCUGGUCGCGCGCUUUUGGAGCGCCCCGAAUCUAGCCAGUGCGCCCGGUCUGAAAGCCGUUGAUCUGUUUGAUCAGGUGGAGAGUGGGCACAUCAAGGCUCUCUGGAUUAUGGCGACCAACCCGGCCGCAAGCAUGCCGGAUGCGGACCGCGUGUCGGCGGCGAUAGAAGCUUGCCCCUUUGUUGUUGUGUCUGAUGUGACUGAUACAACAAAAACAGGAGGGCUGGCGCAUGUCCUGCUACCCGCCAUGGGUUGGGGAGAGAAGGACGGCACAGUCACAAACUCUGAACGGCGGAUCUCAAGACAGCGAUCCUUUGUGUCGGGUGCGGGAUCAUCCAGGCCAGAUUGGUGGAUCAUCACCGAGGUGGCAGGGCGCAUGGGCUUUCCCGGUUUUUCCUAUGAGAGCCCCGCAGAGAUUUUCCGCGAGCAUGCCGCCCUGUCUGCGUUUGAGAAUGACGGCACUCGGGACUUCGAUCUCUCCGGUCUCAUGGACCUGAAUGAGGAGGCGUAUGAAGACCUGUCUCCCGUUCAAUGGCCUUUUGUCGCGGGCGCGGAAGUGGGAACGAACCGUCUCUUUGGUCAAGGGGCCUUCUACACAAAGACGGGCAAGGCAAAUUUUGUUGCGGUGUCUCAGAAGACUCCUGCAACCGAGACCAACGCGACAUAUCCAUUGGUCCUAAACUCGGGGCGCAUACGAGAUCAAUGGCACACCAUGACGAGAACAGGACAAUCGGCGCGUCUUUCGUCGCAUAUUGCCGAACCCUUCGUUGAGAUGCAUCCAGACGAUGCGCUGUCAUUCGGCAUAGAGAUUGGUGAUGUGGUGCGUGUUACGAGCGCCACUGGGAGUGUUCUCGUAAGAGCAUCUGUAACGCCCCGUCAGUCCAAAGGCAGCGUGUUUGUGCCCAUUCAUUGGACCGCCCCCUAUUCAUCCUGCGCAGAGGUGGACGUUUUGGUGGGUUCGCAUACGGACCCCAUAUCGGGCCAACCGGAGCUCAAGUUCACGCCCGUCCGGGUUGAGCGUGCACCCAUGCAGUGGCAUGCCUUCCUUGUCUCUGUACCCAAACCAGAUCUUACCGCCUUUCCCUAUUGGGCCUUGGCGCGGACCAAAUGCGGCUGGCGCGCGGAGAUUGCCGGCGACGGUCCGAUUGCUUCGUUCGCUGAAAGCGUGAAAGAUCUUAUCGACGAUGGUGAGCCCACUGAGGCUGAAACCUUUUCCUACGACAAUGGGCUGGGCGGCGGAAGCCAUAUGCAGUGCAAUUCUGGCAAGCUCGACCACGCCGUCUUCUGGUCCGCCAAGCCGGUCGAAGUGGCCCGUGCCUGGCUGGUUGACCAGUUGGGUCGGGAGCAGGACCCCGCCUCGCGUUAUGCGCUGCUCGCGGGUCGCGCAGGUGCUGGCCAACCGGACAAGGGAGCCAUUGUUUGCUCCUGCUUUGAAGUCGGUGCCAAUCAGAUCACCCAAGCGAUGCGAGAGGGAGCGGAUACGGUUGAUGCCGUGGGCGUCGUUGUCAAUGCGGGGACCAAUUGUGGGUCCUGUCGAUCAGAGAUUGGACGCCUGCUGGUGACGGCAGCUGCCGAUGUCGUGCUCUUUGAUGAGUUGGUGAGCCGAGAGAUUCUUGAAACCAUCGGGCCGGGACCCACAGCGAUCAGUGUUGGCAAACGGGCCGGGCGGCCGAGCUGGGCGCAAGGCGAUAUCAACGACCUGAUGAUCCGCCUGACCAAAGAGGGGUGGCGUGUCGUGCGAUUGAAGUCGGGAGAUCCGUCGGUCUUUGGGCGGUCCGGCGAGGAGAUUUCGGCUCUAGCUGCUGCCGGUAUCGACGUGAAGGUGGUCCCCGGCAUCACGACUGCGUCUGCCUUGGCAGCAAGCCUCAAUGUUUCGCUCACUCAUCGAGACUGUGCGCAAUCUCUCCGGUUUGUCACAGCACAUGGUGCGAAGGGAAUGCUGCCACCUCACUUGGAUUGGGCGGGUCUAUCCGACCAGGCGACAACGCUCAUUGUCUAUAUGGGCGGGCGCACUGGCGGAGAGCUUGCCGCUAGACUAAUGGCGCACGGCCGGUCGGGAUCAACGCCGGUAGCCGUUGUCGAAGAUGUUUCCAGGGAUGGCCAGAACACAAUAGUCGGCCGCUUGAAUGAUCUGUCUGCUCUUCUGUCACGACGCAGAGGUGGUGGGCCGGUAACGAUUGUCAUCGGUGAAGUGUUGAAGGGGCUUCUCGCCAGCCAUCACAGCAUUGAGGCUGGUGCGCAGGUGCAAAAGGAAGCGCAGGGCUAG